CUCAUAAAAAAACACACAACGAGUAAUAAUAAAUAUUUACCUCCAGCGUCCAACAACUCUUCCUCACGAAAACCAACAAUGCAUCUGCGAGAAACAAAAUCAAAAUCCCAGAAAAAAAAUUCAAUUUCACAGAUCUUCUUCAUCCAGUUAAAAGAUUUUUUUACUGUAGAGAAAUACAAACAGAAUGAAUUUUAUGAAGAAAUAUAAUCAACGAGAGAUGGGCUGUGGGAAUUCUAAAGUAGAUGAUCUACCGUUAGUAAUUCGUUGCAGAACAAGAAAGGAAUUGAUUAAAGCAGCUGUUGAUCAUAGAUAUUCACUUGCUGCAUCACAUAUUACUUACUUUCGUUCUUUGAAAGAUGUUGGCGAUGCUCUUCGGAGAUUUGUUGAUGAGGAAUUGAUUAUUGGCGGCAGUAAUGACCAUCUUAAUUUAUCGGAACCGUCUUCACCAGUAUUAACACUACCAUCGGAGGAAGGUAAGAAACCCAAGAAUAAUAAUAACACUACAUCUUCAUCUACUUCAAUUUCUCAUAAUCAUCACCACGAUGAUGAUGGUCACUUGCAUUUUGAGGAUUCGGAUUCGAGUGUAAAUUCAGAUUCAGUUUCGUCAGGCCAUAUACAUAGUCAUAGUCAUGAUCAUGAUAGUCCUCCACAUUAUCACUCAGAACCACCACCAAUUAGACAACAACAAGAACAGCAACCUUAUUAUUAUCCGUCUCAACCCAAUUAUUAUCCCUCUCAACCAGAUUUCUAUCCGUCUCAACCUGAUUUUUAUCCGUCUCAACCUAAUUAUUAUCCCUCUCAACCUGAUUAUUACAAUAGUCAAUCUCAACAACCAAGAAUGAAUACAUAUUUUAUGAAGAAACCAGGUACUCAAAUUCCUUCAAUGAUUUAUGAAGAGCCACAGUCACAUUCAUCAAGUUUUUAUCCUAGUUACCCUCAGUGUGGAGGGAAUGGUGGUGGUGCUGGAGGAUAUUUUGGGGUUCCAAUGGGUUUUCCUUCUUCCUCACCUCAGAAUCCGCCUCGUUAUGAUCCUAAUUUUUGUGAUCCUUAUGGUUAUAAUCAGCCUCAGAGGAAUGCUGCACCAAGUAGACCUCCAUCUCCACCUCCACCUCCUGCACCUGAAGUUUCUAGUUGGGAUUUUCUAAAUCCUUUUGAUUUGUCUGAAAAUGCAUAUCCUAAUUAUCCCGGGCCUAGAUAUGGAAAUGGAACUACCAGCAGUAGUAGUCCUGAUUCUGUUGAAGUAAGAAGGAGAGAAGGGAUUCCUGAUUUGGAAGAUGAAAUGCAGCAGCAACACCAACAACAUCCCACAAAACAAUCACACAAGGAUAAACAAAGAUUCAGGGGAGUUCCUGAUUCUGGCGACGGCAGUUCUAGAUCAAUUCAUUCUAAUUCUAGAGGAGUUCCGGGUACAGGGGAAGGCACAUCUAAAGCUGUACGAGCAGCAAAUGUGGAGAUUAAAACAAAUUCAGUUGAGGAGAAAGAGAGUACUAGCAGCCCGGAGUCAAUUACAAUAACAGAAAGUAGCGGGGGAGAGGAGGAAAUAACAAGGAAGAAGGGGGUAAGUUUUGAGAUGGAUAUGCCAUCGUCCGCCUCACUUCAGGAUAAUAAUGGAUCCUCAAACCCAAGUAACUUAACUGCAGUGUCCACAAAUGUCACACGUGAUAUUGAUGAAGUCGUCAAAGAAAUCAGGGAUGAAUUUGAGGUUGCUUCAGGUUAUGGUAAGGAGGUUGGGGUGAUGCUUGAGGUGGGCAAGCUGCGUUAUCAGUCUACUGGCAAUGCACUAAAAGGGAUCUCUUCCAAGAUUCUGAAUCUGGUAGCACCUACCACAUCGAAACAUUCAUACAAUCAUUCUCGGCGAUCACGGCCUGCAAGUGUAAUGAAAAUGGCCAAGACAAACUAUGGGGAACCUGAGGAGUUCAAAUUGAGCCCAGGAAGCCUUUCCGUAACUUUGGAAAGACUCUAUGCGUGGGAAAAGAAACUUUUUAAGGAGGUUAAGGAUGAGGAAAGACUACGGGUUGUGUAUGAAAAGAAAUGUAAGAGGCUGCAGAAUUUGGAUGAUAGAGGCGCAGAAUCCAACAAGAUCGAAGCUACACAGAUUGCGAUAAGGAAGUUGCUCACUAAAAUCAAUAUUGCUAUCAGAGCUAUUGAGUCUAUAUCAAGCCGAAUUAACAAGUUAAGGGAUGAAGAACUGCAACCUCAGAUAACAGAAUUGAUUCAUGGAUUGAUACGAAUGUGGAAGAACAUGCUCAGGUGUCAUCAUAAGCAGUUCCAAGCGAUUGUAGAGAGCAAAAACCGUACUCUUGUUGCAAGAACUGGUGCUGGACGAGAUUCAAGCUUGAAGGCUACCAUGGAAUUACAAGUGGAGCUUCUAAACUGGAGCAGCCACUUCAGUGAUUGGAUAAGCACUCAGAGAUCUUAUAUUGAAUCCUUGAACGGCUGGCUCCUGGGUUGUCUUGUUGAGGAACCAGAAGAAACAUCCGAUGGCGUCAUGCCUUUUUCCCCUGGCAGAGCUGGUGCUCCCCCUAUUUUUGUGAUCUGCAACGAUUGGUAUCAAGCAUUUGAUAGGCUUUCAGAGACUGAAGUUGCGAACACCAUGAAUGCGUUUGCUUUGAGCUUGCAUCAGUUAUGGGAGAGACAGGACGAGGAGCAGCGACAAAGGCUAAAAGCUGAUUACCUAUCGAAGGAUUUCGAGAAACGGCUAAGAACCCUCCAGAAGAAGGAUAUCAAGACCAGGAGUGACUUGGAUACGUUAUCUGAAAGGUCUGUUGUUCCAACUGGAAGUGGAGUUUCACACCCACUGGAUGAUCUCAAGGUGGAUCUAGAUUCCAUGAGGAAGAGGCUGGAAGAUGAGAAAGCAAUAUACAAAGAAACAGUUAAACAAGUUCAUGAGGCUGCAUCAACCAGUUUGCAAUCUGGUCUGAUUCCAAUUUUUGAAACCCUGGAAAACUUCACUUCAGAGACUCUGAAAGCUUACGAGAGUGUCCGCAUACAGAACGUUGGGCAACCUGCAUAGGAUGGCGAAUUUUGUCUUCUGAUUUUAACUUAAUGUGCAGUACCUUGGGGCUGCAAGGAACCUAAUCAUGGUAGCCUUGGAUAGUGAUGUCAUGUACAGAGAAGAUACACAAGAAAGUGGCAGUAGUGCAGCAGAAUUUCCAAUUAACAUAGGCUUACUGGGAAACUUGGAGAUCUGGGACUGGAUUACCGGUUCUGCAUGGUGUAGCAAAGUAGUUAGACAGGAUUUGUACAUAAAUUCAUUUAUUGGUUGAUUGGUUGGUCAGUUAGCAAAUAGAUGGAUGGAGAGUUCUCGAGUAGUUGCGAGAAAGUUUUGAAAUUAGAAUUAGGUAGAUAUAUAAUUCUGUGGAUGAUUUAAUGAUGAAAACCUUGUGUUAUUCAGAGAAAAAAAAAAGGCCAAACAACAAAGAAAUAGAAA